GGAGUACAGGCGUGAGCCACCGCGCCUGGCCGAGGCAGAGUUGUUUCUUCAGUACCAGGCUGAGGGUUGACCUUUGAUUUUGAGGUCGCUAGAAGCCAUGGACAGUUUUGAACAAAGGAAAUCUGUGUUAGAGUUAGGAUUCCCAAAAGAUGUUCAAAGGAAGUACAGAGUUGAAGGCGGUGAUGAGGAUAUUGAGGCUCUGAGAGGUUGAAUCAUUAAGAGGUGACAUUGAGCACUGGGCCACAAGAUCAUCUGGCGGCAGGGCCAAAAAAAGCUUACAGAGAAGCCUGAGUAUAUCAAAUCUGAGCACGGACACAUUUGUGAAAGCCCUGCCUUUUGGCACACCUCAUGGCUAUGGAAUCACUUAGGGAACCCACAGAAGGAAGUAGGGGAUGCUCUAGUCCCUCAUCCUCACCCACAUGUCUAGAUCUUGGCGUCUUUUUAAAAUUUUUUUUGGGGGCGACAGAUUCUCACUCUGACACCCAGGCUGGAUUGCGGUGACGCGAUCAGGGCGCAGCAUAGCCUCGACCUCCCUGGGCUUAGGAGAGCCUCUCAUCUCAGUCUCCCAAGUAACUGGCUUUUUGUAUUUUUAGUAGAGAUGGAAUUUCGCCAUGUUGACCAGGCUAGUCUCAAACCCUUGGGCUCAAGCAGUCAUCCUGCUUCAGCUUCCCAAAGUGCUGGGAUGACAGGCAGGAACCACCGCACAUUCUAGGACACUUAAGUGCCUUUCUCCAGUCGUUCGAUCUGGGGAUCUUGGAAAAACCUCAAACCCCAACUCUACAUCAGUGAUAUAGGUUAUGGGGAGUUAUUGCCAUGUCUAUCAACUAAUGUAACACGUGUGGAAGGUUCACCCAGGAGCUGAUACUGGGAUGUGCACUUACUUACUUAGAAGGGAAACUGGAGGGGUGAGGUGAUGUUACCAAUUUCUUAAUAGGCUCUGUCUGGUUACAGAGUGGACAACAGACUGUGGGGUUGAGGGAGGAGGAAGAUCAAACUGGAAGCUACUGCCCUAGUCGAGUGUGACCUUUGAAGACGUGGCUGUAAACUUUUCCCUGGAGGAAUGGAGUCUUCUUAAUGAGGCUCAGAGAUGCCUGUACCAUGACGUGAUGCUGGAGACCUUGACACUUAUAUCCUCCCUGGGUUGUUGGCAUGGAGGGGAAGAUGAGGCAGCACCUUCUAAGCAGAGCACUUGUAUACAUAUAUACAAAGACCAGGGAGGUCAUAGUGGAGAAAGGCCUUAUGAGUGUGGGGAAUAUAGGAAAUUAUUAAAGAACAAGUCCUGCCUCACUGAACUCAGAAGAGAUCACAAACACAGGAAUGUUCGCACUGGAGAAAGACCUUAUGAGUGCAGCAAAUAUGGGAAUUUAUUUCACCAAAACCCUACACUCCAUAUUCGUGAGAGAUUGCAUACUGGGCAAAAGACCUAUGAAUGCAGUGAGUGUGGAAAAUCAUUUCACCAAAGCUCUUCACUCUUGCAGCAUCAGACGCUUCACACUAGAGAAAAGCCUUAUGAGUGUAUUGAAUGUGGGAAAGGCUUUGCUGAAAAGUCCGGUCUCAUUAACCACAGGAAAGUUCACUCUGGAGCAAAGCGUUAUGAAUGCAAUGAAUGUGGGAAGUCCUUUGCUUAUACAUCUAGUCUCAUUAAACACAGGAGGAUUCACACUGGAGAGAGGCCUUAUGAGUGCAGUGAAUGUGGGAGAUCCUUUGCUGAAAACUCCAGUCUUAUUAAACACUUGAGAGUUCACACAGGAGAAAGGCCUUAUGAAUGUGGUGAGUGUGGAAAAUCAUUUCGCCGAAGCUCUUCACUCUUGCAGCAUCAGAGAGUUCACACUAGAGAAAGGCCUUAUGAAUGUAGUGAAUGUGGAAAAUCCUUUAGCUUAAGGUCCAACCUCAUUCACCAUCAGCGAGUUCAUACUGGAGAAAGGCAUGAGUGUGGGCAGUGUGGGAAAUCCUUUAGCCGAAGAUCUAGCCUUAUUAUACAUCUGAGAGUUCACACUGGAGAAAGGCCUUAUGAGUGCAGUGAAUGUAAGAAAUCCUUUGCUGAAAACUCCAGCCUUAUUAAACACUUGAGAGUUCACACUGGAGAAAGGCCAUAUGAAUGCAUUGAUUGUGGAAAAUCAUUUCGCCACAGUUCUUCGUUCCGUCGCCAUCAGAGAGUUCAUACUGGAAUGAGGCUUUGUAAGUGAAGCAAAUUUUGGGAAUUCUCUUGCCCAGGCUUUUUGCUCCUUCAAGGCGAGAGAGUUCACACUGGAUCAAGGUGUUAUGAGUGUGGCAAAUGGGGAAUGUUCUUUAGCUGGAAUGCUAGCUUCUUUACAUAAAAGAGUGCUACCACUGAAGAAGUGCCUUUUGAGUGCAAUGAAUGUGAGAAAGCCUUCAUCAUCUCUCAUUGGUUACCAGAAUAUUUACAUGAGGAAAAUACCACAGAUGUGGAGGCAAUAUUAUUUCUUCUUCAGUUUAACACUGGAGGAGACCCCUUAUGAGGAUGCCAUCUGCCUAAAUUGAAUGUGCCAUACAUCAAAUAGCUGCAUACAUUCCAGGUAUGUGGGAACCACAUAGUAUUUUUCAACCUGCCCAGGUCUCUUGCUAGACUUCUAUGACUGACAGUUCUCUUCUAAAAAGCAUUUCACCUUUACCACUUGGCAGGUGCCCACAGUACAUCAUUCUCCUAACUCAUCAUGAUCCAGAAGUAACUUUGAUUUUGUUUCAUUCAACAGAGGGAUUUUUUAGUAUCCUCAGUACUAACUCUAUUCUCAUUUCUUUCUCUCUGAUGAGUUAGGCCAUGAAACUGACACAUUUUUGGCACAGAGGACUCUUCUGAUAACCUGAAAAGAUGGACUGCCUUUUUCAGGGAUCUUUUGGAUCUCACAGAAUUCUUAAGAUGGAAUUUUCCAGCCUGCCAGUCAUGAAUCUCAGACAGCCUGCCGCCUAUUGCCCUGAUUUGUGUUAUAAUAAAGGCCCUGUUGUUUAAGACACCUUCAGUCUUUGCAAGAGGGCAUGGAAGCUCCAAGCGCUUUUCUCAUACUUUACCCUAUGCAUCUCUAUCUGCAUCUUUUGUACUAUUUAUAAUUAACCAGUAAAUUAUUUUCCCUGAGUUUUAUGUGCCGCUCUAUCAAAUUAAUCAAAUCUGGUCAUGGGGGGUCCAUGGGAUUCCUGGUUUAUAGUUCAUCAGUCAAAAGCAGAGGCUCUGGGGCUUUGAUUGGCAUCAGAAAUGGGAGCAUCAGUUUUGGUGACUGAGUCCUCAAACUGGGGGAUGUGAUGCUAUCUGCGGGUAGAUAAUGACUGAGUUGAACUGGAGGACCCCCAGCUUGUAUCCACUGGAGGAUUGCUUGGUGUGGGUAGAAAACACCCUGCAUAUCUGGUCACAGAAUUACUCCAUAUUGAUUAUUGUUGUGUGACAGACAACAGAGGAAAAGUUUAUUUUUUUCGACAAAUAUGCUAUGGCUUCCCUUCUAUUCCACAUCUUUCUACUCCUGCCAUACUAUUUCUUUCUCUCCAAGUUUGUUAUUCCUCAGAGUUCUCAUAAAUGGAAAGGAUAUGCACUUUGUUGAAAUAAGAAUUUCAUGUUAACCAAGUUUUCAUGAUAGCCGUGAGUUUCACUUAAUUAUCUCAGAACUUAGAGCUUACUGUUCUCUACUUACUAUCCAUUGAGACUUAAUGUGUUCUUGGCCAUCACAGAAACUUUACUAGCUACUUAUGUCAUUGUCAAUGGAUAACUCUCUGAAUCCACAUUAAUUACUUUGUAAUUAUCUCGGUCCUCAACUGUGUUUCAGAGAUAAUCUCCAGUCUUCAUGCAGACGCUAUCACUGCACCUACAGGUGAAAUGAUAAUCACUUCCUAGCAAGGAAGUUGGAUCAUGGAAUACAAGAUAAUUUAUCAAGAAUCAGAUAGUCUUGUUCCACACCUGCAGGAAUGUCAACAUCGCAACCACCAUGGCAAAUAUUGAUUUAAUAAGCAACUACUAUUCCCAGAUAAGUGUCAGAAUCUUAGAAGAAAUUGUAAUAUCUUAGACAAUUUAGACGUGAUGGAGGGUGGAUGAUGAGAAAUUACUUAAUGGGUACAAUGGAUACUAUUUGAGUGAUGGAUACCCUAAAGCCCUGAUUUAGCUUCUACACAAUCUGUACAUGUAACCAAAUCACACUUAUACCACAUUAAAUUAUUUAAAAAAAAAA